GAAUUAUCUCUCCUAUGAUUUUCCGAUAGUCCCGAUCUAUCUCCAGUCCGCUCAACACUAUACGCCACCGUAGGUGGAAGCAAGGGAGCCUUCUUCUGAUGUUUUCUGGCAUGUCUCACCUUAAUGACACGUGUCAAAACCUGCACAGCAUCCCUCAUGUUGGGGCGUUUCCUUGGGGCAUGAGAUAUGCAUUUAUAUGCAAAAGCCGCAACUUCAUUCACUUCUUGUAUAUCAAACCUCCCAUCUAAUCUCGAAUCCACAAUCUCUUCCCACCCAACCUUCUCCUCUGCAUUCAUAGCCGCCUAAAACAAAAACUUGUCUUAGUAAUGUUUUCUUCAAAGAAACAAAUGUGGAGUUGAGGAUCAUGUUGGUGCCUCUUUUACCAGUUCAACAUAUUCCAUUAGACCUUGUUGAGGGUUUCUUCCAGCUAUAAGCUCAAAAAGCAAAACCCCAAAUUUUAAUUCUUUUCUUUGUCUUGUUUUAUUUCCCUUUUCCCCCAUCACAAUAACAUAUAUAUAGAUUUAUACUAACUUAAUUUUAAAUUGAAUUUGAUAAAUUAAUCAUUAACUUUUUUUCAUGUUCUUUUGAAAUCCAUAUUGUCUGCCAUAUAUUAUUUCCUUCAUUAUAUAAUAGAUGACUUUAAAUAUUCUUAUAUGAUUUCCUUCAACAAAAAUGUUGCUAAAUACGGAAAAGGUAACAAAAUAUAUAAUAAAUGACGUAUAAUAUUCUUGAUACUGAAAUCUAAUACAAUCGGAAAAAUAUGCACCACACGAAACGAAACAUUUUGGCAGUCAAAAGAUUGGCGUACAAAGAGAAGUUUUAAAAAAAAAGUCUUACUUUAAUUGUAUUGAUUCAUUAAUAUCAUAAAGGAAAAAGCAAUAAAUAGUAAAUAUCCGACCUAAAACUUGCCGUGGUGGGCAAGGCUACCCUCUGUACUAAUGGAAAGGUUUUAGGAGGAGAAGAUGGAAUAUUAUCAAUUCUCUUAGAGCUGUCUCAGUUUUUUUUUUCCUAAGAACAUUCAUGACUUGUUUCUUAGCCGGCUCUUGAGGCUCCGCCUUGUGAAACCUGCGUUGGUGAGAAGAUCAUCCUCUGUUUCUCUUCUUAUCUCUAACGGCUUCUCAACUACUUCCCUGCGGCAAACCCCUCCUUGUUCCGUCAUGGGCGCUAGACCUUGUGGAGACGAUCUCGGAGGACUCAUAGUUGCCUAUGCAGAUACACAUGCCUGGACUGAACUGGACAAAAUGGUACGUCUGGAGUUGGUGUGUAACAGUAUUAAUCAUGGAAAAACGCUAACGAUCGGGGCAUCUCAUGGGUGGGUAGCUAGUUUGAAGGAAGAUGGAACCCUGUGUCUCCAAGAUGAUAUAAACCCGUAUGCAUCGUAUACAGAUCCUAAACGCAUCCCUCUGCCUCCUCUUGUGACUCUGCCACAUUGUCAAACCAAAAUCAUCACCAACGUUUCAAUGUCCUCAUCUUCUCCAGAGGACGAUGAAGACUGUGUCGUGGCUGUCAAGUUCUUGGGACCUCAGCUCAGCUUUUGCAAACCAGCCGGUAAGAGUCGUAAACCAAAGUGGACCAGCAUCAAGCUCGAGAACCCUUGCUUCUACUCCUCCCGUGUCAUGUUUUCCAAGAAACACAACAUGUUUCGUAUUCCGGGAUCUGGAGGCCACCUCAUCAGGUCAUGGGACCCCUGCAAUCCCAGCGAUGACCCUAAGCUUCAGAGCGUUCGGUUUACUAACAUUCCCAAGCUGACCAACGCUGAACAUAAUGUUAUGGAUUCGUGCAGCAAGAGCGAGCACUUGGUGGAGUCACGACCCACUGGUGAGACAUUCUUGGUUAAGCAGUACAAGCAGCUAGCCGAGAACGAUGAAGGUGUUGCCAUAAUGAAAACAAAAUUUUUAAGGGUGUACAAGCUAGAUGAUGAAGGAAACGCAGUUCAGACUCGAGACAUGGGAGAUCUCGUCAUGUUCAUCUCAAUGUCUGAACCUUUUUGUGUGCCUUCUACUUCUUUUCCUGGCAUGUAUACUAACAACGUUUACCUCUAUGAUUAUGAUGAAAACGGAUAUGUGGAUGUGGCUGGCACCCCCUUCGACAUGGCUAGUGCAAAAGGUCCACUUUAUUCCCCUUAUCAUAUUCCACCUCAAGAUAUCGGCAACUAGUUUUGAAACUGUCUUGUUUAUGUUCUCUGUGAGAUGUUUAAUGUAUUCUCUUUGGAGAUAUUUUUAAUCUUAAGACAAAGAAUCAUAAGUUAAUCUUACGCAUAGUUGAUCAAUAAUAAAUAUUAUUCAUUAAAAAAAAUAAGAAAACAUCUGCCAUUUCUCAAAGUUAAAAAAAAAAAGAUUAGAAAAUAAAAUAUAAUAACAAAAGUAUAAUAUUUUCUUUUUAAGAAAAAAAAUAUUUUUGAAAAUGGACAUCUUGUACUAAAAUGUAUAGUUUUGAAUUUGUUUUUCCACUAUUAAAACAUGUCUGAAUUUUAUUGUGGGAAUUGUUUGUCUGCUGUGACAAAUAAAAAUAAAAACAAAAAUUAACAUUAACAUCACUGACACUAAGUUGACGAAUUCCCAGUUUUGUAUUUAAAACAUUAAUGGAAAAUGUUUUCCAAAGGAAAAGAAAAACAAAUAUCUCCCUUUCCGCUAAGAACAUCCAAUAAUAAAUUACCAAAUAUAUUCAAUUACAGUAAAUUCAUUAAUAUCAUGAAGCAAAGAGUAAUAAAUAGUAAAUAUCCCACCAAAACCUUGCCUUGGGGUACAAGGCUCUUUCUGUGUAUUAAUGGAGAGAUUUUAGAUUAGAGAAGAUGGAACAUCAUCAAUCUCUCUCAGCUUUUUGCUUAAAGAAUUCUCAUGUCUCUCUUUCUCAGUCGGCUCCGCGUUGGGGUGAGAAGAUCCUCCUCUGUUUCUCUUCUUCUCUCUAACGACUUCUCAACCUCCAUACGGCAAACCCCUCCUUGUUUUGUCGUCGCCGCUAGACCUUGGGGUGAGAAGAUCCUCCUCUGUUUCUCUCCUUAUCUCUAACGGCUUCUCAACUUCCUUGCGGCAAAGCCCUCCUGGUUUUGUCAUCGCCGCUAGAUUUUGUGGACACGAUCAAGCAAGACUCACAGUUUGCUAUGCUAAUCAACGUGCCAUAACUGAUCUGGACAAGAGGGUACCUAUGAACUUGGUGUAUCCUCACAUUCAUAAUGAAUUAAUGAUGAUAAAACGCAAACGUAUCCCGCUGCCUCCUCUUGUGACUCUGCCAAACCAAAAUCAUCACCAACGUGUCAAUGUCGUCAUCUUCUCCAGAGGAUGAUGGGGACUGUGUCGUGGCUGUCAAGUUCUUGGGUCCUCAGCUCAGCUUUUGCAGGCCAGAUGAGAGUAAACCAGAGUGGACCAGCAUCAAGCUCGAAAACCCUUGCUUCCACUCCUCCCGUGUCAUGUUUUCCAAGAAAGACAAGGUGUUUCGUAUUCUUGGAUGUGAAGACCACCUCAUCGCUUCCUGUGGUUUGUUCAGCAAGAGGGAGCCCUUUGUGGUCGUAACUACAUUCACAUCCUCGAUGUUGAUGAAAUCGUAGGUUAUGAUGUAGGUGACAUCUCCAUCGCUACUACAAGUGGUACAUUUUAUUCCCCUUAUUAUUUUCCACCACAAGAUGUUGUUGACAACUAGCUUUGUAAUGUUCUCUCUGAGAUUGUUAUGUGUGUUCUCUUUGGAGUAAAACAGUGACUAUAUUAAGCUGAUCAUAUAUGUUUUCACUACUCCAUCUCAUUGUGUACAACAUGUCAUUGAUGUCAAAUGUACAACAGUACAACAAUGAUGCAUAGUAAAGCAUCUAUAUCCAAGAGAUAAAUGGAAUUGUUAAAUAUAUAUUAAAAAUAAUUUAGUAAACACAGUUUCUAUACUCUGUCUGCCAAUGAAGAAUAGAGUUGUUAGCAACAAGUCUUAUAUAAAUAUAAAUAUUAUUAAGCCAAUCAAAUAAAACCAAUUUAAAUUAAUUUUUGAGUUGAUUGGGUGAAUAUAAACAAUAAUCAUAUUUAGGUAAAUGGUUAUCAUGUCUCUGAAAUUAGGUAAGUGGUCAUGCACUUUUGGAGUACAAACGUUUUAGUCCUUAAGUAAUCGUUAUAUGCAGGCUACAAAUUGAUGAUCUCCUUUUGCAAAAAAAUCAACAUAA